UCACAACGAUUUGCUGACGUUCUACUCAAAGAUGGCGGUGAUGAGUACGCCAUGUUUUUUUGUGAUGUUCGCGCAUUAGACAAAUUUUUUGAGAAUCGUAAUCCGUAUGAGCAAAAUGGCUGAUGAUGACCCGUGGUUAUUAAAGGAAGACGGUUAUUUAAACGUGGACACUGAGUGCAAAAAUAUAAUCUAUCAUGCUAAUCUAAAUGUGUUAUUAAUCACUACUGGCAGUGCGCAAGUAUACGUAGUUGAUGUCAACUCAGGAGUGAUAUUGCAAAAGAGUUCACUGUCGGGGAAAUUACAUGGGAAACUUCAAGGUACAUAUUUAUCAAAUGGUGUAGAUAAGAUAUUAUAUACCGAUGGAAGAGGAAUUGGAGUACGUAGUGAUUACAAUGGUAUACUCCUUUUGGACACUCUUUUACAAACAAAUGUUUCAAGAAGUGAAGAUGUUGUGAAGCUAGAGUUAAUGUAUUCUGAAGCUAAUUUGUUAGAUCAGUGUCUACGAUGUGUAGAGUUACCAGGUGUAGAUCAUGUGCAAGAAGUUAUACAAGAAUUAACAAGCAAGACUUUUACAGUGGAAGCAAGCCAAAAGAAAGGAAUUAAGGCCCAAAAAUGGAAUACAGUAUGUCUGGAACUACCACAUGGUUCCUUGAAGCUUGUGUGUUCAGGAUUAGUAACAGAAUUAAAAAGAUUAAAUAGAUAUAUUCCUGCAUUACCAAUUGCUUCUGCUAUUAAUGAACGAUUAAAUGGCCUAUUACCGGGCCUGGCAUUAGAAGGGAGUCCUGCUGAUAGAGCAUUAAUGUUUAGCGAAGAAGUUCGCAGAGAAACAUUUUCAAAAUGGCCACACAUAAACUACGAGUGGGCUUUACCUGACCAAAUGGCUCAGUUUGGUUUAUACCAUCACCCAAAUGGAACAGGUGAUGACAGAGUAAUGUGCUUUACAUGCAAUGUUUGUUUAGUUUGUUGGGAACCAAAAGAUGAACCUUGGUCAGAACAUGAACGUCACUCUCCUGCAUGUCCUUUUAUUAAAGGAGAGUAUACACAAAACGUUCCUUUAUCAGUUACCCUUGCCACUGCUCCAGCACGGGAGACAGGUGAUGUCAUAGAUGUGAUUAGCACUACAAAUGUUAGUGGUCUUGUGGCUACAGCUUCCAGUAGUGGUUUUAUAAGCAUAUGGAAUGUAAAGAGACAAUUAAAGAAGGAAGUUUCAUUUUAUGUAGCUCCAAUUGAACAAGAAAUAAAUAAUAAAGAAUCUAUACAGUUUGGUUCUACUAGAACUUUGUCAUCAUAUUUGAGGACACUCAACACUGAAACAGAUCCUCUGUCAGAGUACAAGUAUCCAGCUUCUCAUAAAGUGCAAAUUACGGCACUUUCUGUAGUAGGAUCUCCCAUAUCACAAAACAAGGAUGCGAAGACUUCUGGACCUAUGCUUUCACCUGUAGAAACCUCAGACUCUAAAAUUAGGCCAUGUGUAAUGUGUGCUGUUACAGUGACGGUUAGUAAUCCAUCGCAAUUAAGGACUUUAGAAAAUGUGUGGGCCGCAUCAACACAUUUAGCUCCUUCAUCGUCUCUUGUUCGUGCAAUGAACAGUGUAAAUAGCGCUGCCAGUGAUACUUUAGAUAUAAUGAAAGUGGCAGGUGAUAGGUAUACACCAUCGAAAUUGCACUAUUUAGUACUUUAUGAUUUCCAUCAUAAGACUACAACUACACAACCAAUUAAAGAAGAUAACACUAAGGAUUCUAAAGCAAAGAAGACAUUAUCAGGAACCGGAACCAGCGCUAGUUCGAAUGGAGAGCGACAUGAAAAUCUGUACCAAGAUUUCUUGCUUGGCAAAUUUUUGUACGAAGUUCCAGUGAUAGAGGAUGUAGAUUCAGACCUAGUAGUUGGUUCGCAUUUUGAUGGUAUCUUUCCAGCGUCUGCUCUGACUGCAUCAUCUUCCAAUGGAAUUUAUUCCAAUCCCAUUGGUAUCACAGUACCUCCUACAUCAAGCUCGUUCGAUGCAAAUUUCAAUCCUAUCAGUGGCCCAGAACAUUUUGCAUCAACGUCCGAUUUGACGACGAUGAAUAAAAAGAGUUUAGACAUCAUGAAGAUAACAAAGACUGAACCAGUUGUUAUAAAAACUGUACCCAUCGAAGCCCCUGAUAAUAUUAAAAUCACUUACGUCGGGCCAACUGUAGAUGGCAGGUAUUUGUAUGUCGCUAUGUGUCCUACAACAGACAACACAGAUUCAUUGGGUUCGAAUAAUAAUCAAAUGGACAUCGAUGAAGAUAAUGAAUUCUUUCCCCAGAAGGGUUAUAUGUAUUGGGACCAUGACACACAGUCCGGUAGAUUAAUAAACGGUGAAGUACACGACGACGCUAGCAACACAAAUGCCAUAUUACUUAUGUAUGCUUUGGAUUUUUCGGGGCAAGUUGUAAAGAUCUGCUCUGAACCAGUAUUUAGACGAGAGUUCCCGGCAGAUGAAGCGCCUCUCGAACAUGUAUUUUUACCUCUUCAAAGAAAGAGUACACAUCCGUUGUUUGAUAAAAAUACUAGCAAAGGUUCUAAUACGAAUUCAAGUACAUUGGAACCUGUUGGAGAGGUAGCUUUAAUAUGUAAAGAUGGUGUCAUUAGAGUACUAAAACUACCAUCGUUGAAAACCGUCACAGAAGCAAGGAUCGAAGGGAAAAAAUUUGUUUCUGCAGCUUACUGUACCAGUUUGGAAAGAUUGUGCGCAUGCACGAGCGACGGUGAGCUUCAUUUCUAUAUUACAACUGACGAAGAAGAUUCUGUAGAGGAUAAGGAGGAUCUCGAAGAUGUCACUAUGGUGACAACAGAACAGAGCAACAAAAAUACAAUUCCUAGCACAUCUACCUCAUCUUGUCCUCAGGAUCAGUUGAUUGCGCACAAACCAAGUUUUUCACAUUCGGAUUUACGCACUUUAUAUGAAUUAACAAGGUUUGACCGUCAAUCCCCCGCAUACGGUGCUACUGUUCCACCUUGCUGGAACGAAAUGAUGCAGGGUAAGAAGCAACGUCGUCAUCCGCAGCAACACCACACACGAAUCUGGCGUUUACAUAACGAAUGGACUACAUGGGACGAACAUGUAUUUGAGUUAACUCUCCCUCGAAGUGCGGCUGGAAAUAUCGGUCACGUCGAUGUGAGAUUUAGUUCAUAUUCUGACUGUCAGGAAUUGCCAGUAAUUCAAAUUUCUCUACUCAAGCAAAAUGUGAGAAGAAUGGGAAGUCAAAAAACCCCGUUGACUUCGGUGGACGAGAGAAUAGACUUUAACAUAGGUAGCGAGCAGAAGGCGGAAAAUCCUGUGGUGACGGAGGAGUAUCAGAGACAACACAAUACAGAAAUUUUAUGCGGUCCGAUCGAAUUGCACCAUUACAUGGAUUUAACAUGUAGAUCCGGGUGUGUUACACUGACUAGUCCGAAGCUGUUUCGUACAAAAGCGAGAACUCUUCUUGUACACAUUAAGACUUUGACUGAUCCGACAAAGGAUGGCGUGACAAUGAAAUCUAAAACUAAUACGUUUGCCAGUAAACCUCCUACAUUGAAAAAGUUGAGGAGAGUCGACAUCAGUCGACCGUUCCUUUCCAGAGACACUUCAGAACGAUUAGUCGAAGAUUUAAACGGUAAAAAGUUGGAAUGUGACAUUGGGUGCGAGUGGAUCCACGAAAUAGCAAUUACUGUCAGAACCAUGUAUCCUACUAAAAUACCGAACGAGAAAGCUGAGCGUUGCGCUAUGUUAGAAUCUAAAACCUGUUUCGAGAAUUUAUUGAGAGUGGCUUGUUUGGAAACAUCUGACAAGUCACCCGUUACGCAGUCCCUUGCGUUAGAUAUUCUUAUAUGGAUAACCACUAUUAGAUUAACGAGACUGUACAGUAAUCAGAACAACACGAAAAUAAUAUCGUUUCAGUUGAAAACAAUUCGUUCCGUUCAAACAUGGUUACCUAGUUUAUUAAAAACUUGUCUUUUGCAUGCUGGUCGAAGCAUAACACGGAAAUGUAUAAAAUUAAUAAUGCUCUGCAGCAGGGAUUUUUAUAAUUUAGAGCAUCCCCCAUUUAAUUUUUUCGACGAGGCUUUGGUUUCUGCAUUGGUAAAGCUGUUACCGUCGAUAGUAGAGGUUCAGUGGGCUGGCUCAUUGCGAUGGAUACAAUUGUUAAUUACUAGAAUCUUACCGUUAGAUAGAGAUCACAGUAUUGCUCAACAGUGUGUCACUCUAAUACAGCAAAUAGCUGCUGAAUUAUCGAACCGAGUAAAUCCUUAUCAUUUGUUACUCGCAACAAGGUUUGGCUUAUACAGUACUCCGUUUGAAACGGAGCUUUUUGAUCUGGACCCCCCGAUGCCUCCAAAAUACAGUCCGUUACCGUCUACAUAUGUGUCAGCUGUAACUAAUGAACAGACGGUACCAUCAACUGCUUCAUCCAGUUCGGUGUUUUCACAGGAUACUAUUGAUUUAAGAGACCUGCUUAGUUUACCUACACAUCCAGCCAGCGAAUUGGUGAUGCCUAGUAAAUUAAAAGCUUCAUGUACUAACCACAGUAUGAAGGGAUUGCUCGAGGUUGAACCACUUCAUUUCUCUUGCCACGCCGUUUCUAAUGGUACCAAAAUGGAAAAAAUUGAUCCAUGUAUGAGUACCGGUAAUAUCGGUGCUCCGCUUUACGACAGCGCUGUUACGAACAAUAACGGCGUACCUGAUAUAAAAACCAUUCAUCAGACUUAUAACUUGGAUGCUGGAUCGCUAGGACCAGAUGUUCAGACUAAGUCGACAACUACAUUAAGCGAUCUACUUAGUCUCUGUACAGGAAGAGCGUUAAAGAAGCCAGCUUCGCAACUGAUGUUCGCGCCUGAUAAUCAAUCAGACUGUGCUGAAUCUAACGAUAUGUCGGUGAACAAUCAGACAUGGCAUGACACCCAAAGUGAUAUGCCUAAUUCGCACAUAUUAAAUUCCGCUUUAACGAAAGAAAAAUCCUCUGUACAAAAUCUCGGUACUACCGUAAACAAAGUCGAAGACAGCAAUCCUAAAAAGCGAGAGGAUAUUGCAUUCCCAUGGGGAAGAUUACUGUGUUGGCCACCUCAGCAGGCAUUGGUGGUCGAUCGAUUGCAUUCUGGUGCACGUCGCUUUGUUAUUCUCGACUUUGGAUCACCUAUACUGCUUACCGACUUGAUAAUUCCUUCCUGCAGCGAUUUGGCAUUGUUAACAAUAGAUAUAUGGACGAAAAAUGAAGAUGUCGAUAGCACGAAGUUAAUUGUAACCACUGAUAUUGGAAAUAAGCCACUGGUUGUGUGUGAUCUUCAACCACCGCCUGUGUGCAGAUAUCUGAAGAUAACAACUAUAGGUCGAUACGGUAUGUCUCCAACCAUGUGCAAAAUUCCAUUAGGAACGUUCUAUGGACAUAUGGUAGUCCUACCAGGAGAAGACUAUGCAGAAUUGCAUAAUACUCCUACACUUUUUGAUAGUUUCAAUCCCUCUGUACAAGCUACAAUUGACACGCAAUGCAACAUUUUGUCUGCUCUUGCAGAGGAUGUUCAGUGCAGAUUCAGUUUAGCUACUGAACGAUUAAAGAGCCUACUAAAUCCACUGUUGUGUUCAGAGACCACUAAUUUUAUGCAUAUGCAACACUAUCUUUGCUAUAAUAAAAUUCCUAACGUAAAUAAGGAACAACUAUCUGGAAAAAUAAUGGCAACUUACCAGGAGUGCAUAAUGUUUCAACAUCAGCUAAAUGUUGUGCAUAGCGUGUGGAGACGUUUGGAAUCAUGGAAAGGUUCUCAGAAUGUACCAUCAAUGGUUCUGGCAAAUGCACCUAGUGACAAAUUGCGAGUUUUAGAAGAGACUCUGCUCGAUAUUCUUUUAUACACUGUAUAUGAGAUCGGUCCUGUACCAAGUAUACCGAUGUCAAUUUGUGAUGUUUUCACACCUGCGGUGUGUGAAAAAUUUUUCCACUCGAUUUGCGUAGUCACGCCAGCGCCGCGGUUGCAGUUACACGCUGUUGCACUUUUAGCCCGCAUGGCCGGUCAUCAACCGUGGUGGGGUAAUUUUCUGUCUAACUUGUUGAUCAACUUAUACUCGUCUUCGUCCACGCACAUAUUUCCUCAGGAUAGAGUAUUUAUUCUGUUAACGUUCCUGGGACGUAAAUCAUUGAUCGCGGGAGUCAACAGAUCUUCAGUCAUAGACGCAAUGGUUCGCACAUUAGGGAAAUUAUUGGCACCGUUAUCGAAUGUUCAGUCUUCUAACACAAAUCGUUUGGAUAUAACACUUAUUGGCUGGGUAUUACUCUUUUUGUCGGUGUGCUUAGACACUGUGGCUGUUCCGCCUCCCUGUUCAGAAGGGAGUAGCGAAAAAAAUAAGGACCAAGGUUUUUCGUCACGUUGGGAAUUCAUACAGGGAGAGUCAGCAAUGCAGAGAAAGUAUGACAGUGCCAAUCGGUCUGCUGUUCCUUGUAGCUACCCUAUGAAGUGGCAAAAACGUAUCAUGGAACACAAUCAGCAACUUCAAGAACUGGAACAAGCAAAGAAAGGAGUUCAUCCUUUAUCACAGGAAUGGGAGAAACUUUCCUCAUAUUCUGCCUCGGUCUGCAUUAAGUUAAAAGCAACAAUGAAAACUCAAGAGCGUUACUUCAAGAAGCAUUACAAUGCCAAGCACUCCAAAGAUCUUUUAAUGGUUCGAAGGAAUGAUCCACAGCAUUCAUCGCGAAGUUCACGAACUCAAGCACAAGCAACCACUAGUUCUAGUAAAUCAGAAUUGAUGGAUAUGGACGUUGAGUAUAUAUCUAACUUGUCUCAUCAACAUGUUUUACCAGUAGCCCGAGGACUAAUCGCUUUAAUUUUGUGCAAUUCUGCUAAUGUGGACAUGUUCUUGUUAGCUUGUAAGGUAGUCGCUAGGCUAGUUAUAUCCACACGUCCUACAAUUAGCUUGUGCGAACUCAUGAGCGAUGAACAGCUCUUAAAAUUAGUUAGACUGGCAACUGGUACUUCUGAUGCUGCCUGGACUUCGCACGCAGUUUCAUGUCUCUUACAGGAUUUAUUGGAAGCAUGUUCUACGUACGAAGGAAGUCCAUCAGAAGAGAAUUUCGAGCCUCUUGCGACAGAAAAAUGCCAAGUAAUCGAUGAAGAAUCUGUUGGCACAGCUGGAACAAGUAGUGCUGCAGUUACACUUAGUAACGAUGAAGAAUUCACUGCAGUUGAAGUAGAAGAAGAUACUCCGGAUAGUGUAGUGGUAACUGCGGCCACUGCUGCUUCGACGUCAAAAUCUAAUGGAUUUCUUCCUUCUCUGUUGGAGUCUGAUGACAGUGAGGUUGAGGAUUUGGAUGAUAUUUUCGAACGUGGUAGGAAUAUCUUGAAGAAAGGGAAUUUAAUGUUCAAGACUUUGGCUAGUUCCAGUAUAUCAUCGGCAAUGGAUGCAAGAUUAGAAUAUGGAUUAGAAAUGGGAAUAGAAGUGUCGUUGAGGCUGUUGUCUACCUUAGGAAUGUACAAUUUGCCUCAAAGUAUAAAUGCUACAAUACAUGUUCCAACGGAAUCCAACCGAUAUCCACAACAACAAUCAUCUAGAGACAUGCUAUGUCUCACAGCUCCCAGUCUAUUAAUGUUAACUAGAUGUUUUAACAAAAUAUUCACGGACUUGUAUUUACAGAAUGUAGGAACAAAUUUGGAACUCACCUUAGAGUUGUGGUUAACAUUAAAUUUGGAUGCAUCUUCAGAGCAGUCCAAUUCGUCAAAUCUUAUCCAUCCUUCAUUGAGACCUCUGAUUCCUUUAAGUUCGAUAGCUAUUUCCGGCCUUAUAUCUGCAUUAUCUUGGCAUCCAGGAGUAUCUUUGCGGGGUUGGUGCCUCGCUCUUGAAUGUUUGACUCUUGCGAGUAACAGCCAGUCAUUAGAAACGGUUGCGGGAGGUAUGGCUAGGUGUCUUGUAAUGCGCAAUUUGGGCCCAAUGCUUCUGCGUCUGCUGUCUGGAAGUGGGCUAGACAUUAAUGCAAUGGAUAAACAAUAUAUCAUGGCUGGACCUAUUGUUUGCCAAGCGUUACAAGACUUUUUGCUCAGGUUAAAAACAAAAUGCGCUCCUAGUUUCGGCGUAGGAGAUACAUUGAGGAAAAUUUUGUUAUGGGUGGUAGAUCAACUUGUACAACCUGGAGGAGCUCUUUCUGCCAGAAGAGGACCUUUAGACGCACAGUACAAAUUUAUCACAUCUUUAACGGAUUUAAAUUUUGUCAAGAUAGACUUAGGAACUGUAAUGAGCGUGAUCGAAUGCGUCGGAGUACUAGUUUUUACUUAUGUCAGGCGUUCUGGAGUUGGUGUACAGUGCGGAGGUACCGUUGAUCUGGCAAAUCCAUCCGGUGGAUUCUGUGGUUUAUUCGCUUGUGUGCUAGGUGGAGAUACGCGACAAGGACGUCCAGCCUCUUGGGAUACUUUAGUCGUAGCUCUUAUCAAACUAGUGUGUCGUCUUGUUCAAACUCCCCUACUUGAUAAUUGCGAGGAUCAGUCCGAUAGUACAAUAGGAAACGAUCUCUCCGAUGCAACCCUUGAUACAACAAAUGACAUUAAUGAAACUCAGAUGAAGAUAAAUAUCUCGCAAACUGACGAAAGUAAAGUUGCGGAGCAGCAAUCCUCUUCUCGCCAGCAACAAUCUACGCCUAAUAAUACCAAUAUACGCUGUGUUGCGGAUGCAGUUUUACAACAUGGGCCUACUAUGACGCGAUUACUGGCAGCCCUCGGUCUCAGUACUGGCUCGUCCGUAGCUAUGCUUUUAGGCAAGAGCACUGGAGCAGGGGCAGCGACCGAACUUGAUGACAUGGCAUCAAUCCCAGAUGCGACAUUCCAACUCUUAACCACGCUCACCAAGAAAGCCAGCAAUCGUACCUUGGUCCUCAACCCCCUCUAUCACUAUCUCUCUGCUUCGUCAGGACAAAGAGAAUGUGAUCGCCAAUUCGGUUAUAUGCAACUAUCUGAGCCCCUUCUCUGGUACAUCUUAUGGGUCCUAGAUAAUGAAGUGUCGCUGACAAUGUUUACAGCGAUGGGUGGUGUGAAAGUACUUUGUGAAAAUUUAGUAAAAUCAGCUAGCGGUGGUAAUAAUAACUCUGCUGCGCCUGGUGUAAUUGCGUUGGUUAUGGAACACCUCUCGAAUGCUCCUAAUGUGGUACCAGUUGCUUCAACUAGUAGCAAGAAAUCUGUGAACACAUUGGAGGCCCAUGAUGAUGGCUUAUUAAAUUUUGCCCCCUUGGGUACUAUAUCUUGGUUGAAUCCUACUGCACAACCAGCCGAUGUUCUGAUACAAAAUACCACCCCUCAAAAACGAGCGAGAACUGCUGCGUGGCUGUAUCAUUGCUACCCCGACGAAGCGUGGGUGGAUCUGACAAUUACUUUACCCUGUGCUAUAUUACUAAGAAAGGUUGAGUUGCAGCCGCAUCUCACGUCUUUGGCCACAUGUCCGUCGGCAGUUGCUAUUGAAGUUUCACGUGAAAGUAACAGUCCCUUAACUCCUGUCUGUCCACCGAUGCCAACAGCAGGAUUAACGUUUAUAUGUAUCACGCUCUCUCAACCGGAAGUAGCCACUUGUGUAUUGGUGCGAUUGUACAAACCACGAGAUUCGACGAACAUAAGUUUAAGUCAGAUCAGAUUAUUGGGUACAACGGCAUUUGGUGAAAUAAAAACUAAUCACGAUACAAUUGAUGAAGAACAAUUGACGAAGUCGAGCUCGGGAUGGUUGCGAUUGCUGCAUCAGUGUCUGUUUGUGAGCGCAUUGAACAGUGAUCUCGCAACUAAAGUUCUCAACUCCGCUGCCUCAGUUGAGGGACUAGUAGAGGCAUGCUGUAACCUCCUAUUGCUGUCAGCCCCAUCUCUUUUCACUCCAAAUUUGGAGACGGUUUUAUUUCAACUCGGCUUACACUCUCGAGAGCUUGGAUUACGCUUGAUUGGUCUUUUACUGAACAAUAGAUCCACUCCUUUCUUCCAAGGUGCUGUGGCUACCCAAGAGACAUCGACAGUUCAGUUAGUUGUUGAAUUACUUCAACAGCUUUGUUCCAUUCAAGAUUCUUCCACGGAAGCGCGUAUGAUUGCAGUACUUUCUUGGCUUCAAGCUUCAGCCCUGAACGGAGUAUCUCGACCUAGUAGUAGCCCUAACGCUAUCAGUCCACCUGCAGUAUACAUUCAUUGUGUGUCUUCCAUUAUAUGGAAAGCUCACCAACAGCAGAAUCUCAAUUACGAUUUACAAGCUUUGUUAACGGACGAGCUUUUCAAUGCUUUGUAUCAAUGGACGUUGACCUUGGAUACGAGUUCGGCUUUGAAGCAGGCGAUUGACUCCGCUCUUUGUGCCUUCUGUUACGUGAGACCGACGCUUUUUCCUUUGCUUCUUCAAAGGGUAGGAAUUUUAGUGCUUAAUUCGUCGACGGAUUAUUCCGCGUCUGCGUCGGAUGAUAGAAAGGAAAGGGACCGGCAGUCUGAGGAUAAAAAGGGUGACCUUAACGAUGAGGGAUGUUACUGUCGCUUUGUGUUGUCAGAGUCUAAGCGGUUAAAUUUAACGGAAGGUCAGUUACUUACUGUUGCUGCGGCAGCACGAUCCCCGCCGGGUAUUCAACAGCUGAUCGAUUCCGGGCUUCCUGCUCUGUUAAUCGCAUCAAUCACUGAUUUUUGUCACUUGAAGGAAUCCAGACAGCAACAGCAGCAAAGUAAAAGGUCACUUUCGGAGGAUCAUUGCCAAAGCAAUUCCGUAGAUGAUACUAGUUUAACCAAUAGUGACAAAGCCAGUGAAACAUCUACACAAACGAAUAACCAUUUCGAUGGUUUGUGUCUGACGGAACCAGAAAGUAUAGCAAUGGUGUUAGAGUUCUUGACUCUGGUAUGUUCAGAAGGCAGAAUGCGCGAUUGGUUAGGAAAAGAGGGCCACGGAUUCUGGUUACCUCUUCUCUCUCUCCUUAGCAAUCGAGUUGUAGAGAGUCCAUCUGUGUCUUCGUCAAGAUGUUCGAAAACGAGCAUUUCAUACGCUUCAUUGGAAAGCGCUAUAAUCAAGUUCUUAUCUAGGUGUUGUUGGUGUCAUCUUGAGAAUCAAAAGUUGUUGGCUAAAUUGUUGACUGAUGUAAUCUCUCAACAACGAAUAACUUCUAAUGCAUGGUACUUCCAUGGAAUUUCGGGUUUUACGAGACGAUUGAUUCUGCAGUUAUUGUUGGAAGGUGAAAAAGUGUUGGUGUCUGUGACAUCGGAAGCACCUGUGAAAGUUUCAAACAGGGCAGCCAAUUACAGUAUGCCAUCCAUGCCUCCACAUCCAGCUCACCCGCUCGGCCAUUAUCACCAAUUGUUGUAUAUGUCUACUCAGUCAACUGUAGCAGAUAUAUUGCAACAAGUAUCUGGUACCUGGUUCUUAUUAUUGUUGCCAAACACAUACAAAGGUAAUGAAACUGGCUCUACUAAUAAUCGAUCUAGAGAACUCUGGGAGUCUGGCAUGGCUAUUAUAGUGGACACACUUAGUGUAGCCGCAGGAAAUACAGCGAAAGAUAAAAGGGCCAAAGAAGCUUCGAAUAGAUCCCAAGCACGUGGUCCUACUGUCAGAAAGUCUAGAACAACUUCCGACUCAUCAUCUAGUACUACCAAAACAGCAACAAGUAACAAUAACAUGCAACCAAAUUCUAGUAACUCCGCUAACCAGCAGUAUUUGAUACAUGCGUCGAGACCAAAUAUUCCGUUACCGCCAAGAUUAACUAUUGCUCAGCUUCUAGCCAUUGCCGAGGACAGCGGAAUAUCGUUAUCGGAACCUUGUUUGCAUCUCAUAUUACGCCAGCGGAAUAAAGAUUCAGAAGAGGAUCUAACGAAGCAGAACGAGAUCGAUUUAUUGAACUAUAGAAGUAUAGAGAGCUCUUUAGGAGUGUUUAGCGCUGGCGGUGGUCUAGCCAUAUUAGCACAGCACUUGCCUUUGGUAUACCCAGAUUCUAGGAGGCCACCGCCAGUAGCCGAGAAAAAUCCCUCAUCCGAGGUGCAUUCGGAUUGGGUAAAAAUAGAAGGCAGCGACGACAUGUAUGAAUUUUUAGAAGAAUGUGGAAGCAAUUCAUCUCCGCAAACGUCGACUCUGACACCCUACGUUCCUCCACAUUCUCUAGCAGCCUUCGGACUAUUCCUCAGACUUCCAGGUUAUGCGGAAGUGUUGUUGAGACAUCGAAAGCGAGCACAGUGUCUGCUUCGUCUCGCGUUGGGUGUGUCAGACGACGGCGAAGGCGGGGACGUUUUAACGACCCCGUGGGCUGCCUCGUUGCCGAGUUUACCGUUUCAAGUAUUAAGACAAGUACUCGACGCCACGCCACCGACCACCGAUGAAGGUAUCUUGUUGCGCAAAACGACCAUUGAGGUUGGCGCCAUGCUUCUUCUGCUGAAUUGUCUGGCCAUUUUUACUCAUCAAACGACUCAGAACGAGAACGCGGAUCAGAAAGGAAGUGGGAUUCAGGGUGAAGCGGGACGCAGCGACGAUAAUUCGCAUUUGUACUGGGCGAAGGGCACCGGAUUCGGAACCGGUUCAACUCAACAAACUUGGAACAUUGAACAAGCUUUGCUGCGACAAAGAUCUGAAGAGGAACACGUUACAGUAUUAUUGCAGGUACUAGCGAGUUACAUAGGACCUGGUGGACAGAAGCAAAGGGAACUACCUUCACCUUUCCCGGACUUGUUGGCCAUGUCAUGCCUACUCCCGGCUUUGUCCUCGUAUUUAAGGAACGACUCGGUCUUGGAUAUGGCCAGGCAUAUUCCUUUGUAUCGCGCGGUAUUGCAACUGCUCCGAGCUAUGGCUCGUUCAAAUCAGUUGGCUCCGCUUUUGUUACCCAAAGGUGGGAAAUCGGGUGAACCGUCCGUAGUAUCCCUUCUAUCCAGUAUGAAGGUUUGCGUGGACAUUUACGUUCACAAGAUUAAUCGUACGAGAGGCAACAAAUCGAAGACGUUGUUCAAGUAUCCAGACGAUACUGAGCAAGACGAAGGACUAGCUACUUUGAUUCCUGAUAUUCAAGAAAGCGCUACUAUAGUACAAAAUGCUACUGCGAGAUUAUCGGCUAUGGACGAGGAUCUGCCUGAAUCCAAUCCGGCAGUCAACGAGCCAGGAUACGAACGGUCACGAGGUACGACGAGCGGAGCCCAAUCUAGUCAAGAAUACAAUGCGAACAUUUGUCAGGCUACUGCGAAAUGGGCGAUGCUUGAUCAAAUUCGUAAUCCUUGCCCAUGUUUCAAAGAAAUUAUACAUACCCACUUCUGGAUAAAGAGACACGAAAUCGUCGCACAAUUAGAAGGGUGGAUAAGGGACAUGGAAAUGCAUGGGACGGAUCGUAGGUUUGGCCGUACCCUUUCUUUUAACGCCUUAGCUUUGAGGAGGCACUAUAGAUUAUUGAGAGAAGAGUUGAACAAGCUGCCGACUCCCGAGGGAUUAGAGGAUUUAGUGGAACCCCUUGCGUCUCCAGGCUCUCCCAUAGAAUUAUCCGGCACUCCGGAUACACUGACAACGACACCGACGUCGACGGCACCACCGGCUACUACACUUUCUACGUCAACCAGUAAUUCUGUGAACAACGGCAGCACGAGCAAUCACGUCCAUCACGACAUCGACACGGAUGUUGAGAUGGAGAAGAUGGUUUCGAAAGUGUGUGAAUAGCUACGGGAUGUUAAUAGACAUUGUUGGACAUUUUGAAAAGUCUAUAUUGUUUGUGUUAUGACGGACAAAUAACAGACUGAUCGAAAUCGGAAAGGGAAUCCUAUUACACUUGUCAAAGUUUUUCAGGUGGAUUGAUGAAUGAUUAAGCCGAAUGAAAGGUCGCAGUAACUUUUCCGAUUGAACGAACGACGAUAUCGACACACGAGGAAAUGAAGACGGAGUUAGGGAAUAGAUGUAUGCCUGCCUGUAUGUGUGCGUGUGCUAUCCGUCUGCCUGUCCAGCCUGCCUGUCUGUGUGUAUGCCUGCGUGGAUACGUGACGAAGAACAUGAGACGGGAAAGGAGGCGGGAUUGAAUCUAAGAGACACUUGUAAAGACAAGGAAUGCGUACGCGUGAGAAGAAGCGUGACGUGAAGAACAGGAGAGAGCGUAAAAGAGACACAAGUGGAACCUGAGAGAAAGACAGAGAGAGAAAGAGAGAGAGAGUGAGAGAGGGAGAGAGAGGGACAGAGAGAAAGAGCGUGAGCAAGAGGAGGGAGAACAAGUGGAGAGACUAUAUUCGAUAAACAGAGUGAAGAGCGUGAGACAACUAACCGAUGAUUAUAAAAGAAGUUAAGUAUGAAUGUGACAAACUCGUACGUGGUAGGUACUAUCUGUGGCUACUGCUAUGCUAUAUGUAUGCUGCAUUCUACUUCGUAUUACUAUAAGUACCAAACUGUUAUUCAAUAUUUAUUAUACGUGUUCCUCGUUUACGUAGCCGGUACCCUCUACUCGCAGUGCGACUGAUUUUAAACGACGAAAAUAGCACGUGACCGGCGAACGAGACGAUUGCGAAAGUUAACGGUUAUAAAGAAAAAAGUUAAUACCUGUACGCGACAACGGGACGCGAUCAUUUGUUUCGCGCGCGGUAGAACGAAUCGCGGUAUCGCGCAAACGAACAGAACCGGUUCGCGGAACAAACCCGCGUGUUCAAUUCCAAUUUGACGUUCAGUUCCGUUCACUUACCGUCGAGAUUGCGCUCUUCGUUUUCUUCUCCCCCACUUCGUUUCAUUUCGAACCGAGUGCCACGGUUUCGUUGCGAAUCGUCUCGGUCGUUCAGCUCGUCGUUGCGUCGCGCUCGACAACCCGCGAAUGGAGAACGAUCGCGAACAGAAUAUUAGCUGUCCUGCAGCUCGUGGCGCGGGGUUGGCCAUUAACAGGUGUGCACAGUGUGAUUAUGAUAUUUUUUCGUGCCGGUAUCGAUCGCGAUCCGCGAUGUACUUUUUACGGGAAAACAAUAGUAUAGCACGUGUUCGGCUUUGCGAGCGAUCUGCCUGUCAUCGAAUGCUGAUUUCCUUUCGAUGAACUCCGUCGGAACGACGACAAACAAUGUAUUAGCCGAGAGAUGUGUAGCCUUCUUAAACGAAAAGACAAGGACAAGAAAAGGUAUAUAUAUACACAUAUACACAUAAGUGUGUAUAUAUAUGUAUAUAUAUAUAUAUAUAUAAAAACAAAAAA